GCUCUGGUUGGAAGGUUGGGGGAGUAAGAAAGGGUUUGAAUUUAGUGGAGCGAAAAGCGGUGCAACUUUAAGCGCCAGCCGAUGUCGAAGAGGAAAGCUGAAGACAUUCUGUCGUGUUGCCCCGCCAGCAAACGCUUCAUCUCCUUGUUCGUGGAUUGCAAGAGUGUGGACCCGCUGCCCAGCUGCGGGCGGAGCACCAAGAGGGGGCUGUACGCGGCCGAGCUGGAUCCAAGCAGGCUGCAGCCUGACUGCAAGCGAGCGGGGGGCGCCAGGCAUGGCCCAAGUCCCUGGGAUAGGAGCACGAACGGCAGCCCCUGGGUGCGGGGGGUGGAGGCGCAGCAGCGGCGGGACACCCGCACCAGCAGCGGCUUCACUGGUUCUGCCCCCAGAGCUGCACCGCCACCGAAUGUACCAUGGGAUGAAGUGUCUUCUCAGUACAAUUCAUUUCAGUUUUGGAGAGUUCCUUUGCCUAAAAUUGAGUUGGCUGAGAUUGAGGAUAUUGGGCAUAUGAAGAUGCCUGAAGAAAUGCAUUGUGAUAUUCCAGAAGAGGCAAUAGAAAUGGAGGUGGAGCUACAAAAUUAAGAUUGUCAUAAUGUUUAAAAAUAAAAUUGUUUCUGUAUUUUGAAAUAAAUAAUGCUAGGCAUUUUCCCAAGGGAAAAGAGAAGGAUGCAGCAGGCAUCUUUGUUUUUUGUAAAAAUGUUCAUUCUUAUCAUUGACAAACUUUUUUGUGUAUAGCAUGUCUUGUGCUUCACAGGGUUUGGGGAGAUAUUAAAGAGCUUUAGGCUUUUAAAGGAACUGUACUGUGCAAGGAUACAUGUAAUCCUACCAUAAAAUUGUAAAUAAAUGGGUCUUCAAUAUCUGAUGCAGAGAUUGAAAUGAUUGAAGUUAUAGACAUGAACUGAUUCAUUUCCAUGGCACCUCGCCCAGGUAAACUACAGUUUUAUGUUGGACUUCAGAUUGUCACUAGGAUUUGUUUUAUGGCUGGUUCCUCCAUGCUAGUUUUAAUUUUCAAUUGAAAUACUGAUGCUAAAACAAAUGAGAGUUGGUUGAGUAUCAUUUCUACAUUGUUACUAAUCUAAACAACAUUUGAAUUUAUUUGAGACUGCCUUCUCUCCAACUUUAAUCUUUCUAGCUAUUUUUUUUCCAGUUUGACGCACGCAUCCUCCAGUAUCUCAUCCAAGUGAUCAAUGUUUAUAUUUGAGGGUAUUUUUGUCAUUCUUGGUGGGUUUCUGAUGAGGUGUCAAAGCCAAGAAUAAGUGAAACUGAUGUCAUGCCUUAAACCGAUAGUGGGGGAGAAAAGCAAAUAGUGGCCAAAUCAUCAGAGUUAACUCUGAAGAUUGCAGCUGAUAUAACUUCUCUGGGAUAUGUUGGGCUGUUUUGAGUUUUAUUUGUUAACAUUAAAUUGCUCUUAAAAUGUUCUUUGUGUGAAGUACCACCAUGGACCCAACCAGCCCAGCCUUUACAAUCUAAAGUUAUAUAAAGAUCAGAGAUGAAAAGAGAAGAAAGAACCAAAGGAAGCCAUAUGUUUACAUUUUUAAUGAAGGUUUAUACUUCAGGCUUUUAUGAUUAAUUUGUUGUAACAAGGCUACUGAUAUUUUAAUAAAAGAACAGGUUUUUCCCUUGAAUGUGAUAAGGUUAUUGAGAUUAAAGCUCAUAAAUGUUUAGAAUAUCAACAGUUGUAAAUUCAUUGAUUUGCAUAAUGAGCUGAAGGAGAACUAUGGGCUUGAAUGAUUUCAAUUUAAGUUCAAGUUUAUCUUGAUUUUAUUUUGCUAUUUGCAGAGAAAAUUUUGGGAGAAUACUUUUUUUUCCCAAAGUAUUUUUGAAUUCCUAUGAUACCAACAUGCUGGAAUGUAAUUUUCUUCAUCUUGAGUAUUCCUGCUAUGCUGAUGUAAUGCUCCCUGCAUUGUUAAAGCAACUCUAUCGGAAAUAAUAGGUACUACAACCUUGGGGCUCGACCCAUGGAAUCUCAGGGAAAUCAUCUAAUAGGCUGGCGAUGCAAUUUAGACUCCAGAUGGGAGCUCCCGAACAAUUCCACCUGGUCUAUGGGAUUGGGCCAGAUGAUGUGUGGGUGAGUUUUUCCUACGCCAUUGGAGCCAGAAGGAGGAAUGUUUUAUCUCAAUUAGUAUGAAAAUUAACAUUUUUAAAACAUUGAUUUUUCAUGAGGUCUUUAAUUUAUUUCCCCAAAAUAGAGUUUUUGAGCAAACUCUAUUUUCCACUAGAUUAUCCUUUCCUCUUCAACACAGGAGAAGUAUAUUUUGUUCAUCCUUGACAGACGUACAGAUAGUUAUUUUGCCAAAAUGUUAAAGAAUGUCAUUUAAUACUUGAAAUGGAGGUCUAUUUCGAAGUUGUAUGAGUGAAUGCAUUUACAGUUUGUUUUGAAUUUUCAGCUGUGUAGGUGUCAGCUACAAGUGGGAUAAAUUGAAUUUCUACUCUAAGAUUCUUCCCGGUGUUCAAGUCUUAUUUAUCAAAUGUUUUUCUUUUCUGUUCUCCACUCUCCUCUCCAUGCAACCCUCCUUCAUUCCACAUCUCAAACUGUCGAAUAAAGGGAGAUGGGAUCCCUUUGGCAAAAAAAGGAGGAAAAUUAACUAAUUUGAUUCGGGGUCCCAUUGGAAUGAUCAUUUUCUUUGCAGAACCUUGCAACUUGAAAGUUACUAGUUUAUGCCUGGCAACAGGAGAUAGUAAUGAAAUUGUCAAUCUACAAUUACAACAGAAGCAGAUGUACAACUUUUUUUUCCACAUCCCUAAAGCUCAGUGACACAAGCACUUGGAAAACAGAAUCAAAUCUACAUACUCUUUAGUUGGUGUAACUAUCUAAAACAAAGUACUUGUUAUUUUGAUUCAUUUACACUGUGUGUAAUAAGUGUUAUAUUCACCCCCCCCUUUAACUAAAUGAGAUACAACAGACGUUUCAUUUUGCUCUGAAGCUAUUUACCAAAAUCAGCACCAAUUACUGACUAUCCAAAUACUCUGCAGUAACUGUGACUGACCAGUUAUGUCAGUGAUCGAAUGUUCAGUGCUUCAUCUUUCCGCUCAAGAAAUUACUGAUUUAAUUUACAUUUUAAAAAUCAGAACAAAAUCCUAUCUAUUUUUCCUGUGGAUAUAUUAACUUUGCAGUUCUACUCCACUAUGUUUUCCUUUUUUUUUACUUCUCUAAUUUCCUUUUAAAUACAGUGAUAACUCGUGCAUUUCAAAUUCUGAUAAUUGUGAAGAUUUUA